GACAGAUCCAGAGAGAGAGAGAGAGAGAGAGAGAUACAUAUAUAUAUAGAGAGAGAGACUCAGUCCAGUGCUGUUAUUCCCAGGCUUGCUAGCUGGCAGUGGAGGCUACUGUUCUGUUCUGAUCUCUCUGCUCUGAUGGGGUUUACCACCCACAGAGUCAGGGCUUGGGGUCCUGAGGGCACUGAGUGCUUCUGUCGCUGAUCCCUGACCCCAUCUAUUCCUCCCUCCCACUGGGCAUUGCUCUACCAUACCAAACCCUUACAACUUACCAACGUAGCUGUGGCUGCUAACGCAUGCUAUCCGACGGCUAAGGAUCGAACCUCAAGGAGAAGGGUAACUGGACAGCUCAUGGAUUGCUAACAGAUUGCUAAUUGGAAGCUAACCAGAACUGAACCAGAAGCUACACAGACUUCUAAUCAGGCUCUAACUGGACUGCUAAAGGAUCAGUAACCAGCUUUCAGCCCCCUCCGCCGCUCUCCGCUCACCCAAGAACGACUGACCUGGCCAGGGGACAAGAGGCUAAUAUGACAGCUGUUGUAGCAGUAUCUAUCCUCCUCUCCCUCCUCCUCCCUCUAUCUCUCUCCUGUCCUAAGGGUUGUGUCUGUGACGGCCGGACGAAAGUCGUCGACUGCCGAGGGCGGGGCUUAUAUGACAUCCCUCGCCAUCUCCAACCCGACACUCUAGAACUCCAUCUCCAAGACAACCGUAUCCGAGGGCUGGGUUCCAUGGCAUUCCGAGACACGCCCCUCCUGCGUGUUUUGGACCUAUCCAAUAACUCCAUCACGUCUGUGUCUCCCUCUACACUACUCGGUCUGAGAGGGCUACAACGUCUCAGUCUGGCCAGUAACGCCCUAAGAGAACUGGACAGAAGACUGCUAGGGCCAAUACGAUCUCUAUCACACCUAGAUCUGUCCCACAACAGUCUGACGGGUCUGCCUGGUGCUAUGGGGGAGAGCCUGAGGAACCUGUCUCAGCUAGGGCUAGCCCACAACAGGCUGCAGCGGCUGGACAAGUCCCUACUGGAGAACCUGGAGGGCCUGGGUCAUCUAAGCCUGAAAGGGAACCCCUGGAGGUGUGACUGCCAGGUCAUAGGCCUCAAACUGUGGCUGGAGACCUUCCUCUUCAGAGGUGGAGUGGUAGAUGAGGUCUCCUGCUCCAAACCAGAGGAGAUGAAGGACAAAGAUCUCCAGAAUGUUCCCUACCAGCUCUUCCAUUCCUGCAUGACCACCAGCUACAACUACCUGUUCUCCAACAUACACCACCUGGAGUCUGACAGGUCCAACAGGGGUCACACCCACGGCAACACACACGGCAAUGGCAACCCGCACGGCCCCCUGGGAAUGGGGGAGGGGUAUGGAGGAGGGGGAAGUGGUCUCCCUGAGUGCGAGCCCAAGCAGAGACCUCGCCCGGUGAACCUGCGUCAUGCCAUCGCCACGGUGAUCGUGACUGGUGUGGUGUGUGGCAUCGUGUUGAUGAUGAUGCUGGCUGCAGCGGUGUACGGCUGUGCCUACGCCGCCCUCAUGGCCAAGUACCAGCGGGAGCUGAAGAAGAGUGAGGAGACGAGUAAGGGCGAUCACGGCAGCGCGGACGAGAAGGAACCACUGGAGAACGCUAUCGCCUAGACGAUGGGAUUGAGUGAACUGUGAACUUUAACCCACAAACUUUGAAUCUGUAACUUUGAACCCUGUACCUGAAACUACUGUCAUAGGUGUGUGUGUGUGUGUGUGUGUGUGUGUGUGUGUGUGUGUGUGUGUGUGUGCCCUGACUUAAAACUCAAAUCUUCAGCUUAAACUUUAACCUCUAGUCCCAUGGACUAAACUGGGACCUGACCCAAAACCCAUCAUUCAUACCUGGUCUACACCUUAACCAGAGGACAGGACAGCACAUAUCAACUGCUGCUGGAGAAAGCCAUUGCCUGUGACAGGUUUUGUUGGUAUCAAUAGUUCAUCUCAUAGUGAAAGUUGUAAUGUUAUUUUCCAACACAAACCCCCAUGUUGUCCCAAAACUACUAAAUGCAAAUAAGAGAAUUACAGACCAUAUCUACUGAGAGUUGAAAUCAGUACAAAGUUAGCACUUCAGAAGGGAAAGAGAGAAAGGGAGCUAGAAACGUCUUGUGCAGUAUUUACCUCUCUUACAUAACUCCUUUACUUUACAGUGAUUGAACAUGUUGUAAUGUAUCUCUCUGGAUGAUAAACAGGGAAGAGUGUUGUGGUGUGGAGCGGAGCGGAGGUACAUCAGGUGCUGUGAAUAGAAACUGGGCAAGACACAAAUCUCUAGAUCUCUGUGUCUGGGGACUCCCAAAUAUAUCACAACAUAUCAAUUCCAUUUCCUCUGAGGGUAGUAAAAAUGGAUAAAAAACAUGUUGAUAAAUGUUUUGUUUGUUGAUAGUGUAAAAUGUUAUCUUCUGAAUAAUUAGUAGUUUGAUUUAUGUUUUUUUUUUGUAGCUAUUGUCCAUAUCUUUUGAUUCUGUCUAAUUUUGAAGUGCAGAUUCUUAGUAGGCAGCUAUAAUGUGUGUGCUUUUUAACAUUUAUUUAACCUUUAUUUAACCAGGAAAAUACCCUUUAGGUAAGAAACCUCUUUUGGGAGGGUGACCUGGCCAAGAGGUGUGUGUGUGCGUGCGUGAGUGAGUGUGUGUGUGCGUGUCUGUGUGUUUGUGCGCGUGUGUGUGCGUGUGUGCGCGUGUGUGUGCGUGUGUGUGUGUGUGUGUGUGUGCGUGUGCGUGUGCGCUGAAGGAGAAAAUAUGCAUAUUUUCCUUAAUGUCUGGAAGAUGGAUGAUUCUACAAGCAAUAAUGAAACAAAACUCAAAUAAGAUGAACAACAUGGGUUGAGUCUUUUCAUUCACACACACACACACACACACACACACACACACA